AUGUCCACAACCACAUCAACAGCCACAAACUCCCCUCCAGUCCUCGUGGGCGGCUGUGCAUGUUCCUACAUCCGCUAUGCGUCAACCUCCCUCCCCAUCUCUUUGUCACACUGCUUUUGCGUUGAAUGUCGCAAGACCGCGGGCGGACCUUUCCAAACAUACGUCCGCUUCCCCACAGCAGCCAUCACAUGGCUGAACGACCGCCAGCCCAAAUAUUUCUCGGCUAGCACUUUCGCCCGUCGUGGAUUCUGCGACAAGUGUGGCUCCAGUUUGGUGUUCCAGAUGAAUGAGCACCCUGAGAGGAUUUCGUUGGCCGGGGGCUCCAUUGAUGAUUGGGACGUUAAGUGGGGACAGAGCGGGAAAGGGGAAGGGGAAGGAGAAGCGGAAGCGGGAUCUAAGGAAGAUGGAUGGGAUACGUUGAAUAAAUCAACAGUGUAUUAUUGGGUGAGAGAGAAACCGUCUUGGUAUAAGGUACCGAAUGAUGGCUUGGUGAAGUAUUUCACGGAUCCGGAUAUUGAGGAGCAGCCACCAGGAUUCAGGGGGGAGGAGGGCGGCCCUUUUGGAAUGGCUGCACGUAAAUAA